AUGGUCAGCCACUUUGGAGAGGUAGUCAUUAAACAACAAAUUUUCACGGUCGUGGGAAGCUCUCGACUGCUUCGUCCUUUGACAGAUACAUUGCUAAGAAUCCAGUUUUGUAUCGACUAUACUGGUGAGGACGGCAGUAUUGAUUCGGUAUCGAAGUGA